AUGCUUAUUAUUCUUCCGAUUAAUAAUAAUAUUCCAACAGGCAGAGCCCACAGAACAAAAGGCAAUAAUAAAGUCUUUGUCUUUCUCUCUUUCCUUCAAUAACACAAAUGGUGAAAGCCAGACAGUGUUCUCGGCUGUGGCCUCGCAAAUCAUGGUGGCGGGUUUCGUCUCCGGCCACGCUCACUCUGCUGCUGCUGACUUGCUCCUUCCUCACUCUCAUUCUUCUAGCUCUCCACAUUCUCUCCACUCCCCAUGCCAAUGCCAACUCCUCCGUUUCUCGCAACACUCACAUCGAAGCUGAAGAAGACGACCAGGUAGCGUUGCGGAUGGAAGUAAUAUCCUGGCAGCCCAGAGCUUUUCUCUAUCAUAACUUUCUGACCAAGGAGGAAUGUGAAUAUCUAAUUAAUAUUGCCACACCACACAUGCAAAAAUCAACAGUUGCUGAUAAUCAAUCUGGACAGAGUGUAGUCCACGACGUACGGAAAAGCACUGGUGCUUUUCUGGACAGAGGACAAGAUGAAAUUGUGAGGAAUAUUGAGAAGAGAAUAGCUGAUGUUACUUUUAUACCCAUAGAGAAUGGUGAACCAAUUUAUGUUAUCCAUUAUGAAGUUGGACAAUAUUAUGAUCCUCAUUAUGACUACUUUAUUGACGAUUUUAACAUUGAGAACGGGGGUCAGCGGAUAGCAACAAUGUUGAUGUACCUUUCAAAUGUUGAAGAAGGGGGUGAGACAAUGUUCCCACGUGCCAAAGCAAAUUUUAGCUCUGUGCCUUGGUGGAAUGAGCUUUCUAAUUGUGGAAAAAUGGGACUUUCAAUUAAGCCAAAGAUGGGUGAUGCUUUACUUUUCUGGAGCAUGAAGCCUAAUGCAACUUUAGAUGCAUUGACUUUGCAUAGUGCUUGUCCGGUGAUUAAGGGUAAUAAGUGGUCAUGUACCAAAUGGAUGCAUCCCACUGAAUUCAAAAUGGUUUAAAUAGGGAUUACUAUAGGAGUUUAUCUCCCAUUUCUUGUUUUUACCGUAUAUUAACAUAAAUAUAACUUUACAGUUAAGGUUAGACAACAAUGUUUAUUUUACAAUGUUAAGUUUUACGUUAUUGUUAAUUGAGACUAUUGUAAAUGGGAAAAAUAUCUUAAGGGUUUUUUUUUCCAUGUA